UGUAAAUCGACAUUAUUGCCCAUCCUAAACCCACGCAAGACCGACACUCCGCGACCGUCCAGAUCGGCAUCAAGAAUUUUACCGAUGGCACGUUUUGGGCGUACUAGACGAGCGAUCUUCGUCUCCAAGCAAGCGGUUGGCAACGAAGCAGCGAUUGAUACAGAUAUCUACAGUAUUCCGGGAUUCAAGAUGACGACAGUGACGCAGCAUGCAUACAAUCAAUGCGCGGUGGACAAAGGCGAUUGAUGUAAGACUGGUUGUGUGUGAAGUACACCAUCACACCAUACCUCCUAUUGAAUCGUUCCCAAGCAGUCUGUACAGAAGCUUACGCAGUACCCGCACUCCAAAUAUCCUAUCCCUAUGGUGACAUUCCUCGCCCCUCCUUCGCUUACCCCUCCAUCGUCAUAGGUAGCGGAUCGUCUCUUUCCAUUGCCAUAUGCUGUGUUGCUUGUGGUUGUUAGAUCCC